UCACUCCAAAAAGAAUAGCACUUGGGUAGGAGUGCAGUAAAUGCUACGCAUGUUCACUGUGUAUGUAUGUCCUGCCUCCUGCGUGCCAAAACCCAUCACAUCCAGAUCCAACUCAUAUUGAGAGAGAGAGAGAGAGAGAGAGAGAGAGAGAGAGAUGGCGAGAGAGAAACACACAGCCUCCGUCUUCAACGGACAAGAUUUUAAAGUGAGGGUUUCAUACGAAUCUCGUUAUUAACAGAAACAGUCUUGUGGUCGUUAUUGUCGUUCUGCCCCAUGAGGAGGGCUGGAGAUGCAUUGAGAAGGAGAUAUGGGAAUCGGCAGCGACUAAGUGUGGGGUUUAAGGGGCUGUUUGGACGUCUGUCUGUAGCAGUGAUCUUUCUACUAAUAUGCACCGUGUCCUUGUUCGCCUCAUUGAAAGGAAAUAAUAGCUCCCUCAAUAGGCCGCAGGACUUCAGAGUAGAUGAAUUUUGGGACAUUGCUGCUUCUGGUGGGUGGAGACCAUCGUCUGCUCCACGAUCUAACUGGCCUUCACCUCCAGUUAGGAGCAAUGGUUUUUUACGUGUUCGUUGUAAUGGUGGUCUAAAUCAGCAACGUAGUGCGAUAUGUAAUGCUGUUCUAGCCGCACGAAUCAUGAAUGCAACCCUUGUUUUGCCGGAGUUAGAUGCUAACUCCUUCUGGCACGAUGACAGUGGCUUCCAAGGUAUCUAUGACGUUGAACAUUUUAUCAAGUCACUGAGGUAUGAUGUACAUAUUGUGGAAAAACUUCCCGAAAUUCAAAAAAAUGGGAACACCAGGAAAAUGAAAGCCUAUCAGGUUAGGCCACCAAGAGAUGCUCCCGUUAGUUGGUACACAACAGUUGCAUUAGAGAAGAUGAAGGAACAUGGUGCCAUUUAUUUGACUCCAUUUUCACACCGUUUAGCUGAAGAAAUAGACAAUCACGAGUAUCAGCGGUUGAGAUGCAGAGUUAAUUACCAUGCCCUGAGGUUUAAGCCCCACAUCAUGCACUUAAGUAACUCAAUUAUCAAUCAGCUCCGUGCCCAAGGUCACUUCAUGGCAAUACACCUUCGGUUUGAGAUGGAUAUGCUUGCAUUUGCUGGGUGCAUUGAUAUAUUUACCCCCGAAGAGCAAGGCAAAUUGAAGAAGUAUCGGAGAGAAAAUUUUGCAGAGAAGGAGCUUGUUUAUAGUGAAAGAAGAGCCAUCGGGAAAUGCCCAUUAACUCCGGAAGAGGUUGGUCUAAUCUUACGUGCCAUGGGAUUUGGUAAUUCCACAAGAAUAUACCUCGCAGCAGGGGAACUAUUUGGCGGAGAUCGUUUCAUGAAGCCAUUCAGAGCACUAUUCCCUCAGCUUGAAAACCACAAUACAGUUCUCCCCACGCAAGAACUGACGGGGAACAAGCAAGGAUUGGUGGGUUCUGCUGUUGAUUAUAUGGUCUGUCUCCUCUCGGAUAUUUUUGUGCCAACUUAUGACGGCCCAAGCAACUUUGCCAACAACCUUAUGGGCCACCGUCUGUACUACGGGUUCCGUACCACAAUCCAACCAAACAGAAAAGCACUAGCUCCAAUCUUCAUUGACAUGGAAAACGGUAAGACUUCCGGUUUUGAGGAAGCUAUCAGGCGUGUUAUGUUCAACUCAGAGUUUGGCGGGCCUCACAAGAGGGUCCCGGCUGAGUCGUUCUAUACAAAUUCUUGGCCUGAGUGUUUCUGUCAGAUCUCCCCUAAAGAUCCUGCAGAUCAAUGCCCACCGGAGAAUGUCGUGGAAAUACUCAAUAGACAGUUGUACGGGGAGCAAAAUGUGACGUCAGAAUUCGUUAGCUGAUCAAAAUGUGACUGAUCCUGAUUUGGAGAGCCGACUAAAACCACUUUAAAAACUAGUUUGACCGGUAAUUCCUUUGCAGAACUGGCGCAGGCAGCAUCGAAAUGGAGAGGUAUAUGUGACUGGAUGUUGUUUCUUGCAGUUCUUUGUCGUGCUUUGAGUUGUACAUUUUCGGGAAUCGGAUGUGUAUAUAAGAAAUUUUCAUUCAUGAACAUAAAAAAAAACCCCAAAAACUGGAGUGGGAAUGGAAUUUAUGACUCAGUUAUUACGUGGGAAAAGAAAGCAGACUCUAUUAUCUCAA